AUGUCUGUUCCGCCCAUCCAAGAGAGGAAGCCAGUCAAAGACAUGCAAAAGGUCUUCCAUUAUACGGAUACAAUGAGCCGCAAGCCUACACGGGACAACGAUCCAUACGAAUACAUGGCAGGCUUUGGUAACCGCCACCAGUCCGAGGUCAUUCCAGGCACCCUCCCAGCCGGACAGAACAACCCCCAAGAACCCCGUUUUGGCUUGUAUACGGAGGGUAUCACAUACUCGGCUUUUGCAGCGCCGAGACAUGCAAAUUUUAGCACUUAUAUGUAUCGAGUACGGCCAGCUGCAGCUCAUAACGGCUACAAAGCCAAUAUCCCCAACAAGGCCGAUAUCGAGAACUGCUUUUUGUCUAUUAACCCCAAGGUUGCCACGCUAGCAGAGCAAGGAGAGUGGGCACCGUUCCCGCUGCCCAAGGAUGACGAGAAAAUCGACUUCGUGGAUGGACUGCACACGGUUGGAGGCAGCGGAGACCCCAACUUGCGUGAGGGCAUUGCGCUUUAUGUCUUCAUGAUCAAUACCGACAUGGACCACCGCGCCUUCUGCAACACCGAUGGUGAUUUCCUGAUUGUUGCGCAGUUGGGAAACCUAGAUAUCCAAACAGAGCUGGGGAAGAUAUUUCUACAACCUGGCGAGGUCUGCGUGAUUCCUCGUGGAAUUCGGUUUUCCAUUCGCCUUGGUCCUGGACAUGACGUUGCUCGGGGCUAUAUCACUGAAAUCUGGGGCUCCCGCUUCGAGUUGCCCGACCUAGGGCCUCUGGGAGGACACGGACUUGCAAACCCACGCGACUUCUUGCAUCCUGUCGCCUUCAUCGAUGAGAAUCUUCAUGAAGAUUGGUCGAUUGUCAACAAGAAUAAUGGACAGUACCAUGCCAUUGAGCAAGACCACAGCCCGUUUGAUCUUGUGGCGUGGCAUGGCAACGUCGUUCCCUACAAGUACGACCUGACCAAGUUCGCCUCGCAGAACGCUACCUCUAUCGACCACACCGACCCGUCGGUCAACUGCGUGCUCACGGCCCCAUCGCGUGACCCUGUCGCGCCGCUGGUUGAUUUCCUAUGGUUUGGACCGCGAUGGGACACUGCGUCCAACACAUUCCGCCUGCCGUACUUCCACCGCAACUCGGCGACAGAGUUUCUGGCUUGCCUGUAUGGAAGUGGGCUGGGUCGCUCAGAUGAGUUUCUUCCUGGCGGCGGCAGCGUAGAGAUCAGCCAUACGCCACACGGAAAUUUCAGCGAUGCCUAUGUGUAUGAAAUGCGCAAUCAAGUGAAUGAGCCCCGCAAGAUUCUCGAAAACCAAAUGACUAUCAUGAUCGAGAGCAGUCGGUCUUUCCUGUUUACUGAGUAUGCUCGGAGUGGCUGCGGCACAUUCAAAGAUCAGGGCACUGAUCCCAAGGCGUGGGACGCGCUACCGGACAAAUUUUCGUCGUAUCCGCAUAUCCAGGAGAUCCUGAAACAGGUCAAGGCGGACAAGGAGGCACGCAAGCAGCGCCUGGAAACAUACUGUGACGACGAUCGCCUGGCCGCACUGGUGUCGCAGUUGGGCCAGCACAAAUGUGCCAGUUCCACCGUUCGCCGGUUCUUGAUCGCCCGGCUUAACCCCGGCGGUUUUGGUAUUGUUAAUAACGGUCACAAAACAACGCGACUGGCGGAACAAUGCCAAAAUUAUGACCUUCCCCUCUCCACCGACGGUGCUCUUUCCUUCUUCGUCAAAUUCUCCCUGUGA